UGUGGAUGUGACGCUCGCUUGCCGCAUGUUAAUUUACAAUUAUCACAAAUUAUAUUGAAAGUUUAUUUAUUGGAAGCAUUUAUGGUGCCGCUUGGAAACGAGUGUAAUCGGAAAACAAUUUUCCGAAUGACAGUGUAAUAAUACCUCUGAUACAAUGUCUACUGAUUUCUAUAUACGUUAUUACGUUGGUCACAAAGGCAAAUUUGGCCACGAAUUUUUAGAAUUUGAAUUCCGACCUGACGGAAAGUUGCGGUAUGCUAACAAUUCUAAUUACAAGAAUGAUACAAUGAUCCGCAAAGAGGCUUAUGUGCACCCGUGCGUGAUGGAAGAGCUAAAGAGGAUUAUCGUAGACUCUGAAAUAAUGCACGAAGAUGACAGACUAUGGCCGCAGCCGGAUCGCGUCGGUAGACAGGAGUUGGAAAUAGUAAUUGGAGAGGAACAUAUCUCAUUUACUACUUCAAAGACAGGUUCAUUGGUAGAUGUGAACCAGUCCCGUGACCCUGAGGGUCUCCGCUGCUUCUAUUACCUUGUCCAGGACCUCAAGUGUCUAGUGUUUUCCUUAAUCGGUCUUCACUUUAAAAUUAAGCCUAUAUAAGUUAGUUCUACUGUAUGUAAUAAGAAUAAUAAAGUAAUAUUGACAUAUUUGCUGCAAUAAGUUU